GGCGACGUCGACAUGCCUCAGAUUCCCUAACGGCUCUCUCAACAACGGCGGGGGGCCUAUCGUCCGGCCAGUAUCUGAGCAUUUGAAAGCAGCAUCAUGUCGUCACAGAAUGUAGGCGACGCGUUCUGCAGCAGAGUCUUCCGUCACAUGCGAACAAAUUUUGGUGCUGCAGCGGCGGCUGACGUUACCGUUCUGCAGCCCCCGGCGACAACUCCGUGGACAGACAUAUAUAUAACCCAGCGCUUGCCGUCGGUGAUUUCCUGCUCGGUUGGGUAAUCAUCUUCUAUGCUUUCCCCUCGACAAGCCUCAAAAUUGGAUUGCUUGUACCCAAGCGUCUGGGAUAUUCGGUUUCGCCUGUCAACACUGUCAACAUGUCUUCCGGCUCAACAUCUGGCCACGCAUUUCCUGGCGCUGCGCCUGCCGGUACGCCUUCCGGCACACCAGCCGGCGUUAUGACUUCUGAAACAAUGGCUGGCAAUGCGGCUUCCAUCACACCAAGCACUUCCGCCAGCGCGAACCAGUCCGACCGGUCGAAUGACCAGACACCGCCGUCUGGGCCAGCAACAGUGGGACAGAGGACUCGUCUGACGCCAGAGCAGAGAAAGGACAACCACGUCGCAUCAGAGCAAAAACGGCGGAUGGCCAUCCGGCAGUCGUUUGAACGGAUUUGCGAGCUUGUGCCCGGCAUGGCCGGCCAGGCUCGCUCCGAAGGUCCCGUACUCGAAGCGACGGUCAUGCAUGUCAAGAGGCUGUUGCUGGAGCGGCGGGAGAUGAUCCGCGCGCUCGAGGCGAACGGCGUACCCGUGGAAGAUAAGCUGAAGGCGCCUUUGGAAGCUCUACCAGAGGGCUGCCUUGACAACCUGGAGAAUGAAGACCCGAAUCCGGAGAACUAGGAUCUGUUGGACACGAUGAGCCUUUGAUCACCCGGGAAUUGGGAGCAUGAAGGGCUAUUGGAUAUAACCCUGUUCCGUGAGGUGGAUUGGACUUCUGAUCUUUGAUUCUUUUCUGCUUUCCUGUUUGGCUCUCCUCUGCCUUAAACUUGUCAAAGAGGACGUCAGGGCUCUCUGUAGCCAUCUAACCCAUCUGGACCUUCCCCAGACACUUGUACGGGAUACGUUUUUACUGCAUCAAAUUGACGCGCUCCCUACC